CCGAGCUUCCUCGUAUUCUGCCACGCCUAGGCCUGCUGAGUCUGUGGCUACUGUCAAGCCAGCUUCUCUUUGAUAUUUUUGCCGUACUUGAGCUUGGGUCAUGCUCCCUCUCCGAAGUCCGUAGCUGUGUCUGUACCGUUUUGUGCUUGUACUUCACAUCCUUUUGGACCCACCCUUCAUGCCCCUUCGCAUUGUUCGCAAUCUCAUCCUUGCCACCAGUAGACCGUCGAACAGUGGCCAAAGGUAAACGACUGCCAGGACUUGUGGAUGACAUGUCUAUCUGCUAAUAUGCUUAGAUGAUAUUGCCAUCGAAAGAGGACUUUCGAGUAAACGAAUAUCAUCCAGAAGAGACUGAGCUUUGAGUUGCUGCUGCUAGGUGCUCGCGGAAUGGGAAAUCAAAUCGCAUAUUGCUCCAAUACUACUAUAGUAAACUAUUAUUGUGCGUACCUAUUGCCAGAUAGUUUGCGAGCUUGCCUCAUACUCCUUGUUUCUUUCGUUCACAGUCGAACCAUCGAGGUACUGGGUUACCCAAUUUUCAGAAUUGCAAACAUGACUAGUCUUGAGAGUAAGUACAGUCCCGCUCCGCAUGUGUUGUUGUCAGAGUUAAGCAGGUAUUGCGGCGAUGUCGUGGAUCCUGCACGUCGCGCAUUUCUUAUCUGUGACGACAUCCCGAACAUCCGCUGUAGCAGCUCCCGAGCGAUGCCCAUAGCAGCAGUGCAUGGGAUCGUGAUUGGUCUGGGAAUAGACAUCAUCUCCGCGUGCGACGUCCGGCAUGCAGCAUCAGAUGCGAAGUUCUCGAUCAAAGCUCGUUAAUCACAUGGCUAUUCAGUUGUUUGUCUGAUGAAGGCUACUGCGUAUAGGAUGUCGAUAUGGGGCUGGCGGCUGACGACGGAACGCUAGCUUGUUUACAGAAGACUGCGGGGAAUCGAUCAUUGGCUCAUUAGCUCACAUAUACUGCACGCAGUGCACAGGCAUUCUUGAGCGAUGAAAUAGAGGAACUCGGUCUUGUUUCUAGCGUUGUUCAAGGCGGGAGGGAUGCAGUCGUGGCUGCAGCAUUGCAAUUGGCCAGGGGUUGCCUCGAAGAGUCCUGUUGCGG